GGCUCCCCAGAGUGGGGUAUAUAACCCCAGAGGAAUUGUCCAAACCUUGUCACUCUGCUCCGAUUCCUUCCAGCGUCCCACCAGAGCCGUCACCCAGCCCCAUAGAGAGAAGAUAUGGCACCCAAAAAGGCCAAGAGAAGGGCAGCAGAGGGUGGCAGCUCCAAUGUCUUCUCCAUGUUUGACCAAACACAAAUCCAAGAGUUUAAGGAGGCCUUCACUGUCAUUGACCAAAACCGAGAUGGCAUCAUUGACAAGGAAGACCUAAGGGACACCUUUGCAGCUAUGGGCCGACUGAAUGUGAAGAAUGAGGAACUGGAUGCCAUGAUGAAGGAGGCCAGUGGACCCAUCAACUUCACUGUCUUUUUGACCAUGUUUGGAGAGAAAUUAAAAGGUGCUGAUCCAGAGGAUGUGAUCACUGGAGCCUUCAAAGUCCUGGACCCAGAGGGGAAGGGAUCCAUCAAGAAGCAGUUUCUGGAAGAGCUGCUCACCACCCAGUGUGACCGAUUCUCUCAGGAGGAGAUCAAGAACAUGUGGGCAGCCUUCCCCCCAGAUGUAGGCGGCAAUGUGGACUACAAGAACAUCUGCUAUGUCAUCACUCAUGGAGAUGCCAAGGACCAGGAGUAGAGACCUCCAGAGCCUCAAUCUCCCUUCUUUGGUCCCCUGGAAUGGGGAGCAUUGAGCUCCUUUGGAUCUGAACCCUUUUAUCCCCCAAAUAAAGAUAAACUUGUGUUUCUUA